AUGCACCUACUGUGGCCAUUCACACUUCACCAGUUGAGCUCGCACGACAAGCUCGAUCGGCAGCUCGAUCGAGUCCAACUCAGCUCGAUCGAGUCCAACUCUAGCUCGAUCGAGUCCGACCUCUUCUGUCCAAAGCCUGUUUUGCUUGAUCCUUAUCAACCGGUUGCCGCUUCCUCGUCUCGCCUACUUAGUCAAGGUCACAAGGAAGUGAUUCACAAGUUCAGAAGAGAUCUCAGUGGGAUUGGAAUUGAGUUGCCUCUAUGGAUAGCAUGA